AUGGCUGCCGAUGCAAUAAAGAGGAAAGUCGUGAUCGUAGGUGAUGGAGCAUGUGGUAAAACGUCACUAUUGUACGUAUUUACACUUGGCGAGUUCCCCACAGAGUACCACCCUACUGUUUUCGAGAACUACGUUACGAAAUGCAGGAUUGAUGGGAAGUUGGUAGAGUUGGCAUUAUGGGAUACUGCCGGACAGGAAGAGUACGAGAGAUUGCGACCAUUGAGUUACUCUAACUCCCAUGUGAUAUUGAUAGGGUUUGCUUUGGACACACCCGACUCAUUAGAUAACGCCAGAACGAAGUGGGUCAUUGAAGUGAAGCAGUAUUGCCCUGGCAUACCUUAUAUUUUAUGUGGGUUGAAGAAGGAUUUACGGACAAAUACAAGUGAUAGGAAACGGUUCGUGCAGUAUGACAUGGGCCUUGCCGUGGCGGAGGAGAUUGGUGCCAGGAAAUACUUGGAAAGUUCAGCAUUGACGGGGGAAGAGUGGAUGUUGUACUAUUCUUUAGGACGUUACAAAAUGGGUAAAAAGAAAGGUUUAUAG